GUCGACUCCACCUGACAACACUGAGCCUGAUGUUUAUCAAUUAUCUGUCAUUAUUGUCUCGUGACCUUCCAAGCAAUUUUAAGCUCAUUCCUUCAAUUCCUUGGUUGCUUGUUCACGUUCACGCAUCAGUAUUCGUUAGUCCAUGCCGGCCGAUAUCUAGUAUUGAAAGAUGGCACCAGCAUACAAGGUAUCUUACUUCAACAUUACCGCUCUUGGAGAGCCUAUAAGAUUCCUAUUUAGCUAUGGAGGAAUUGAAUUUGAAGAUAUUCGUAUCGAAAAGGAACAGUGGCCUCAGCACAAGUCAAAAAUGCCUUUCGGACAAAUGCCAGUGUUGGAGUACAACGGCAAGGUAGCACAUCAGAGCUUGGCCAUUUGUAGAUAUCUCGCCAAACAAGUAAAGUUGGUAGGCAAAGACGAUUGGGAAGAUUUGGAAAUUGAUGCUGCUGUUGAUACUGUCAAUGAUCUGCGUCAAAAAUUGGGAGGUUACCACUAUGAAGCUGAUGAAAAAAUCAAGAAAGCCAGAGGUGAAAUCCUAUUCAAAGAGACCUUGCCUUACUAUAUAGAAAAACUAAAUGCUCAAGCUGAGAAGAAUGGUGGGCAUUUGGCUUGCAAUCGUUUAACUUGGGCUGAUAUAUUCCUGGCAGGCCUUUUACAGUACAUGAACUUCAUGGCCCAGAAGGAUAUAACUGAAAACGCUCCGGCACUAAAGAAAGUAUACGAGCAAGUAUGCGAGCUUCCCAACAUCAAGAAAUGGUUGCAGAAUCGCCCUAAAACAGAAAUUUAAUAUGUGAAAACGUUUUAUUUUUUUUAUAUAAGAUAUUCAUUACGUUUGUUCUACGCAUUUUAUAAUGAAGCUUUAGAAUUUUAAGAAAAUCAUUUACAUGCGGCCAAGUAUAUGAGCCUCCUAAACAGAGGUAUACUAUGUGACUACGUUUUUUUUAAUAUAAUCAUUACGUUUGUCUGCCUUUUAUAACAAAACUUUAGAAUUCUAAAGAAACCGUUUAUUUUACUGACCUCCUGAUGAUGGCAUGUAUCGCGCACACAAUAAAUAUUAACAUUUUCAACAAAGUUCAACUUCUAACUAAACUAUCCAUCUAUAACUUUAAAAUGUAGGUGAUGGUCAAACAAACUUAGUAGAAAUUUAAAAAAAUAGACUAGGUACUGUUUAAAGAAUUAGGAUAUCUUCAUCUGUAUCGACUGUUAAAAUAUAAAUUUUGACAAUUUGAAUUUUAUUUCUACCGUUAUUCAAAACCAUAUUUCUCUCGCUCCUCAAGCUCAAUAAGUUAUUUAUGUAUCUCCAGUAUGACGUUUCUUCAAUUUACCUGCUUAACGUAACCCUGCUAUAUCAAUUAUAGAUUGCAAGUAAAUAUACUGAGUAACAGAGAAAAAAAAAUCCGAUUUUAAUGAUUUUUGGUACUUUUGACUUUGAAGUUGAGUCAUUAAUUUUCAGAUAAUGAUUGCAG